UGAAGACUAUUAUAGUGAAGAUUAUUAUAGUGAAGAUCAAUAUAGUGAAGAUUUAUAUAGUGAAAAUCAAGAUAUUGAAGAUUUAUAUAGUGAAAAUCAAGAUAUUGAAGAUUUAUAUAGUGAAAAUCAAAAUAUUGAAGAUCUAUAUAGUGAAAAUCAAGAUAUUGAAAAUAAAAAUAUUGAAGAUCAAGAUAUUGAAGAAUAA